ACCCCGGCCUGGUGAGGAAGAGAGAGAUGUGAUUGUGCGUGUUUGGGACGAGAGAGGAGAGCACAGAGUGAUCACAAUCAAGGCUAAAGUCCGACCGCGGAGGGAGCGCACCUAAAUCACGUGGGGUGUGGAUUUGUACAGGGAAAAAGUAAAAGUGUCGGCGGGGUGACUUGUGCUUGCACUUUGUUUUCCUCCUCUCUUUGCCUUUCCACUCCCUCCGCCCUGCAUUCCGCGGAGCAGCUGUGUUUUAAUGCCCCUGCGCACCCGAGGAGGAGAGGAAGGAGAGAAGAGUGAGGCAGAAGGGGCAGAAGAAGAAGAAGAAGAAAAAGGAGAAGUGAGAAGGCCUGGACACCACCCCUCCUUGCCCUUUGGAGGUCUGUCCACUCUCCCCUCCUGGCCCUGCAUGGACGGGGAUGGGGAGAGCCGGAUGCUGUUGCCGCGGGGCUGAGCGCCUCGCCUCCCCGUCUCUGGUGCGCCGCUUCCGGCCACUGCUGCUGCUGAUCAUCGCUCUCUGCUGCGGCGCUCACAUAGGUCAGUGCCAGGUGGCCACCACUCAGUGCCGUAUCCAGAAGUGCACCACCGACUUUGUCUCCCUGACCUCCCAUCUGACGCCAGCCGUGGAUGGCUUUCACACAGAAUUUUGCAAGGCUUUACGCGCGUACUCGGCCUGCACCCAGAGGACAGCCAAGUCCUGCCGGGGGAACCUGGUCUUCCACUCGGCAGUGCUGGGCAUCUCCGACCUCAUGAGCCAGAGGAAUUGCUCCAGAGACGGGCCCACUUCCUCCACGCACCCCGAGGUCCAACACGAGCCCUGCAACUACCACAGCCGCACCCAGCACGCUCACACGCACUCACACGCGCACACACACUCCCAUACUCACAGCCACAGCCACGGUCAAUCACAGCCCGGGUACCUGUUCUGUGGGCUGUUCGGGGACCCACACCUGAGGACAUUUAAGGACAGCUUCCAGACUUGUAAGGUGGAAGGGGCGUGGCCUCUCAUCGAUAAUGACUAUCUGUCGGUACAGGUCACUAAUGUUCCAGUGGUACCUGGCUCCAGUGCCACAGCAACCAAUAAGAUCACCAUCAUCUUUAAGCCGUAUGAGGGUUGUACAGACCAGAGGGUCUACCAGGCAGUCACAGACAACCUUCCUGCUGCCUUUGAUGAUGGAACUGUGAGCAGUGGAGACCCCAUCCACACUUCGACUGGAGCAGACGGUGCAUCUGGAAAGGUCCGGGCUCUGUGGAUCUCGGAGCGCAGCCCUGGGCGCCACGUGGAGCUAUACGCUGGCUACAUUGGUGUAACUGUAAUCGUUCGCCAGCUGGGCCGCUACCUGACCCUAGCAGUGCGGAUCCCAGAGGAGCUGGCUCAGGCCUAUGAUGCCACCCAGGACCUGCAGCUCUGUCUGAAUGGCUGCCCCAGCGGAGAACGCAUUGACCAGGCAGGGCAUCUUCCCCUGCCACUUUCCCCUCCUGCACUCGGCCUACAGCUUCAGCAUCGGCGUCGGCCCAGCUACUCCUUACAGACACAAGCAUCCCCCUACGGUGCCAUGCAGGUUUUCGGUGUGGAGGGGGCGAAGGAACGCUGCAGGGAGCAGCUGGAGGUGCAGGACAUUUAUUUCCACUCCUGCGUGUUUGAUCUUCUGACCACAGGGGACGCUAACUUCACAGUGGCGGCAUACAGCGCCAUGAAGGACCUGGAGAGUCUUCACCCGCACCGGGAGAGAUGGAGGAUCUACCCUCGCGGCUCUGCCACCUCCACCUCUCAACCUAUCACACGGCUUGCUCUGCUCCUGCUGUGUGCUCUGAGCAUGGCGUCGAUGUAAGAGAGGGAGUGGGAGUGUGUGUGUGUGUGUGUGGGCUUGUGUAUUCGAAGAGAGAGUUUUUUUGCUGAGCACUGAUACUGAGCACUGAUUCCUCUACAUUGUAGAGAGGAAACAGCAGGCUGGACAGUUACUGGGAACUAGUUUUUGUAGAAGAGGUGGCAGAGCUCCCAGUGGGCCCAGGAGACACUGGCAACACUAACUGCAUCUCACCCCGCAGAAUCAGCCCUCUGGGGAAUAACACAGGAGAUGUGAUGAUGGCUUUCGCAAUCUAUCUUCAUCUUUGGAUAGGACGCUUAACAAUGACACAAACGUACCUGUGUGGGGGGAAAUUGAGUGUGUGGAUAUACACUCCAAACUGUAAAUAGCUUGUCUUCAGUGCACAGUGUAAUGGCGUAGAGUUGUUUUUUUGUGUCAUUUGAUGUGAUUUUUCUUUAAUACCUCAGACAGAGGAUGUUUGUUUUAACAGAAGCACUUUAUUUAGAUUUUUUUUUUCUUUUUUAACAAAUCCACAUCAGUGUUUCUUCCUCUCACUUGCUGUCCUCCACCAAAUUCUUCGAUGGCUGGAGACUAUCUAUGAUUAGAUUUUUGGUCCUUUCAAAGUACAAGUCUGGAGCUGCCAUUUUUGUUAAAAUGCAUCAUUCUUCCAGUAGCUGAUUUGACUCAGCGUGUCAUUUUAAGUCAAUGUGAGUCGUGCUCUUUUGAAUGUAUUAUGAAUAUUGUCACAGCAAAUGCCAUCAGUACUAUUUUGUUGCUGUAUAAAUUUGUUGUUUUUCCUUGGUCCUGAUUUCAAAUAUGUGCAAGUGUGUGGCUGCAUCAGUGUUUUUUUUUUGUUUGUUUUUUUUACCAGUUAAUGACAUGUUUGGAUGUGUUUUUGUUUCCUCUGAAAAUCCUUUUUGCCAAGAGGCUGUGAUGAUACCGGCUUGUGUAUGUUGCUCACCGUAUUCUUUGUUGUGUUCAUUUGAGCCAAAGACAGAUAACGUAUGGUUUUCAUGUACAAAGGAAAUCAUAACUCACCACCAAACCAGCACCCUCCUCCUCCUCACACUCCCUCCUCUGUUUUCAAAGUUGCUACUGUACUUACUUACUUACUUUACUCCUACUGCCAGAAUUGACGAGCUGCUCCUUACUGGGAUACGUGUAAGAUACUGGAGUGUAGACAAAACACUGCAAAUGACUGAGAAAACUUUACCACACUGUUUGCUGAGACAUGUGCUUCAGCAGUGCGUUGUGGUAUGCCAUUCGACACCUGAUAGAAAUGCCAACCCUUAACACUAUGAGCCUUUUUAACAUGUAACAUUCUGUAUAAUUAUGCCCCAUUUAGUUGGCCAUAUAAGCUUAAUCUCAGUUUUUUGGCAUUGUGAUCUCUUAGAUCAUGUGUGAGUGUCAGUUUGGUGAAGAGUGGCUGGUCAAUGUUGAAAUACUUAACUUAUUUAUGAACGUAGUGUCCUGUAGAGGAAGUUAAGCUCCAUAUUCUUGCUGUUGGAUAAUAAUUUAAAAAAAUGUCAGAUGUGAUUGUACUGCCACCUAGUGGUGCUCUGUUGCUAUGUCAGUGUGUUACUUAAGGCGCUCAAAAAAAAAACAUGAGGAAAAAAACUGUGUGCAAGUGUUUUAUUUAAAAAAACAAUAAAGUCAAAAUGGUCCAAGUUUA